CAGAAAGCCAAAAGAGCAAAGAGGAAAUUGCUGAAACGAGAAGGAGAUGACAGAACUGAUUCUGGAUCUCAAGAACGAUACGAGUCAUUCAGCUAUGGUGGAGUAGAUCCAUAUAUGUGGGAGCCCCAGGAAGUAGGUGCUAUGAGAAGCCAUCUUUCUGAUUUCAAGAAACACCGAGCAGCCAGGAUUGAUCACUAUGUAGUUGAAGUCAAUAAGUUAAUAAUCAGGUUAGAAAAGCUCACAUCAUUUGACAGAGCAAACACUGAGUCAGCUAAAAUAAGAGCUAUAGAGAAGUCUGUUGUGCCUUGGGUCAGUGAUCAGGACGUUCCAUUCUGCCCAGACUGUGGCAAUAAGUUCAAUAUUCGAAACCGACGUCACCACUGCCGCCUUUGUGGGUCUAUUAUGUGCAAGAAGUGCAUGGAACUUGUCAGUCUUCCUUUGGCAAGCAAACUCACUAGUGCCAGCAAAGAGGCUUUGGGUUCUCAUACUAGCCCAAACUCCUCACCUAAUAGCGUCCAUGGCUCCCGCCGCAGCAGCAUUAGCAGCAUAAGCAGUGUGAGCUCAGUUCUGGAUGAGAAAGAUGAUGACCGAAUCCGUUGUUGUCGGCACUGCAAAGAUACCCUGUUGAAAAGAGAACAACAGAUUGAUGAGAAAGAAUACACUCCAGAGAUUGUGAAACUCUAUGAGAAACUCCGACUCUGCAUGGAGAAGGUUGACCAGAAGGCGCCAGAAUACAUAAGGAUGGCAGAAUCAUUAAAUGCUGGGGAGACAACCUACAAUCUUGAACAUGCUAAUGACUUGAGGGUGGAGAUUCAAAAAGUAUACGAAUUUAUAGAUGCCUUAAGUAAGAAGAUUUUGAGUCUAGGCUUGCAUGAAGAUCCCCAACCUCAUCCUAAAACACUACAACUUCAGAGAAUGAUAAGAUAUUCAGCUACACUUUUUGUUCAGGAAAAACUCCUUGGCCUAAUGUCCCUGCCAACCAAAGAUCAGUAUGAAGAACUGAAGAAGAGAAGACUGCAUAUGGUGGCUCUUGAAACACGUGGAAAACAAGAUGAAAAGCAGAAAGACUUCGUCUCCAGAUCUGCAGCUGCAGUUAAUGGUGAUGCAACUCACCUGAAAAAAGGAACAGUCAGGAAAUCUGAAGGCUGGUUACCUACAUCUAGCAUAUCAAGAGAGAGUGAGAUAGCAGACCCACUUCUUCAGCAGAUUGACAAUAUCACAUCCUUUAUUAAGCAAGCAAAGGCAGCUAAUAGGAUAGACGAGGUCCAUAUGUUGCAAGAGAACCUGAGGCAGCUUCAGGAUGAAUAUGAUCAACAACAAACUCUGAAAGCUAUCGAGCUUUCUAAAAGACAGGCAGAAGAGGAAGAGAUGCAGAGGGAGGAACUUCAGGUCCUUCGUGAAAAAGAGUGGGAAAGAGAACACCACAAAUUCAUGUCUCAGCAUUCAAGGACAUGCUCCUUAGACUUCAGAGAAGUCAAGCAACAUGAGCAUGAAGUUGCAAAAGAGAAUUGGAACCUGACAGCACAUGCAUUGGAUUUGGAUAUUACUCAGAUCAAAGGGGACCCAAGUUUUGAAACUCCUGCUGUUGAGCAGCUGCCAGCUAACGAGCACUUGAUCUUCACACUCAAACCCCAGAAUGUCCCACAGCGUGACAAAGACCAAGAUCAGACAGCCUGUCUAAACCCCUUUGAAGAUGAAGCAGAUACCCCUCAGUCAGAGGAAGAUCCUGCUAACCCAUUUGCCAAAGACACUUCCCCAAUGGUUUCUUUCUCUAACACAGCUCUGCAAAGUGAUAAAAAAGAAUAUAAUCCAUUUGAAAAUGAGGAGGAGGAUGAACAAACCAAUGGAGCACCUGGCAGUAAUUCAAACCCUUUUGAAGAGGAUGAAAAUCCAUUUCAAAAGCCUGGGGGCAGUUGGAAUUCUGGGAAUCCAUUUGAAGAGAGAUCCUCUACCAAUCCCUUUGAAGUGGAGGACGGCAAUGAAAUCUCUGGAGAGGAGGCUAUAGAGGAAGAGCUGCUGCUCCAACAGAUAGAUAAUAUCAAAGCUUAUAUAUUUGAUGCCAAACAUAGUGGACGAAUGGAUGAGGUGGAGGUGCUGACAGAGAACUUGAAGGAAUUGAAACGCACAUUAGCAAAGCAGAAGGAGAAAUCCAACUGCUGA